GGAAUGGAUUAUAUAAACAGUUCUUAACCACGUGUCUUAUGGAGAGUCAGCACACGAACACAGUGAAGAUAGUAGGUCGUGGAGCAUAUGGUGUUGUGUAUCUCUGCCUGGACAAAGACGGGAGAAAUUAUAUAACGAAACAUAUACCUGUGAGCGACAUGAGUCCUACGGAGAGACAAUCCGCUAUGAAUGAGGUCAAAGUACUUUCAGUGUUGUCACAUCCCAAUGUGAUAGGAUACUACUCCUCCCACGUGGAGAACAGAGCCCUCGUCAUCUCAAUGGAGUACGCUGCGGGAGGAACGCUUGCAGAGUACAUAGCAUCUACUCGUUUACAUUCCACACACUUGUCCGAGUUUGAGGUCCUCGAAAAGUUGACUCAAAUAUGCCUCGGUUUAGAAUACAUACACAGUAAGAACAUUCUACACAGAGAUCUUAAAACUCAAAAUAUUCUGCUCUGUCACAACCAGAAGAUUGCAAAGAUUGGAGAUUUUGGUAUUUCUAAGGUAUUGACGUCUAAGAGUAAAGCUAACACUGUGGUCGGAUCACCUAGUUACUUGUCUCCGGAACUUUGUUCUGCUAAACCCUACAAUCAGAUGAGUGAUGUGUGGGCCCUCGGAUGUGUAUUGUACGAGAUGAUGGCGCUUAAGCGCGCAUUUGACGCCCCAAGUCUUCCUCAGCUAAUACAGCUGAUAGUUUCUGGAAAGUUCGACCCAAUUCCUCCAAAGAUUUACUCUUCGCAGCUUCUCUUUCUUGUGAGGUGCCUCCUUCACGUAGAUCCCAACAAGCGGCCAACUCCAUCAGACUUACUACAGAAACCCAUUCUGAUGAAACACGUGAUACAACUACAUCUCCAAAUUGGGUGUCUUCCAUGUAAUGGUGGUGUAAACGAAAAGAAAAGGCAGGAAACAACCCGGAAGCCGGUCGCAAAAUACUUCUCCCUGGUAACGGAGGAGGAAGCGUAUCUGCCGCUGACUAAGGGAAUGACUUUGUCUCAACUGGCGCUGGGUCUUUACUCGCUGUACGGGAUUACCACUAACAAUUCUCUUGUAGAGUGGAUCUGGUCUACUGAUACUGAAGAAGAAGACGAGGCAGGGAGGUUUAGUUGUCUUCCUAUAGAAACAGAUGGGGACGUUAUUGAUGUGGCGGCCGGAGAAGAUUUCUUUAUGCUCAUCGAUCAAAACAAGGCAGUAUACAGCGGAGGAAGCAACACGUUGGGUUGUUUGGGACACGGUAACACCUGCACUUCACAAAAAGAGCCAGCUCUAGUACAGAACUUGUUCGGUUGGGAGGUGGUUAAGGUGGCGUGUGGGAACCAGCAUACUGUUAUUCUCACUUCUGAAAACGAGGUGUUUACCUGGGGUUUGGGUUAUGAUGGCAGACUUGGACAGGGAAGUAAAGACAAUCAGUUCGCCCCAAACAAGGUCAUACUCAGCGGGGAACUGGUGGUUCAGGACAUUGUGGCGGGUCCGGACUGUUCGGCUAUCAUCACCGCUGCUAAUGAACUCUUCUGUUGUGGUAAAAACAUGAGCAACAAGCUCCUCCUCUCCCUCUCUUACGAGUCAUCCCAGCAGAAUACUCACCUGACCUUUACCAAAGCAGAGCUUCCUAACACUCUGCAGAUAGACAAGAUUGUGUAUAGUCACUGUCACGCAGUCCUGCUAUCUGCUGGACAGGUCUUUACAGCGGGGAGUAACGAGGAGUUACAACUCGGCAGGGAAACUAUCGACGACAUAUCAACGACGCUUGAAUUACUCCCUUCACCUGAACCUGUUCUGGACAUAGCCAUCACUAACCGUUCCACACUCACAUUGACACAGAGAAAAUCAGUUUUGCAAUUCGGGAACAGAUCUUUACAACCAAGGGUCGUGAUGGAGUCUGGACAGACUUUUCAGCCAUUUGAGGUCAAGGGCGUCGGGCAGAAAUUUGUCGUGCUUGGUUUUACAUCGUGACAGACAAAAGUUUAGAAUUUAGGGCCAAGACUUUUAUAUCUUUGAGAUUUUUAAAUGUUUUUAUUGGGAAAAAUUGACAUGUAUUUGGUGGGACGAAAUUUAUAUAAUGACAAUUAACUUGUAUAAGAUUUACCAAAAAUGAAUAAACUAAGUCAUCUCG